GGGCAAGCGCCAGAUGCUGACAGCCGGAAAGCCGAGCCGGGAGCUAUAAAGAUUCAGAAGCCGGGUUCGCAGCAGUGCGCCCGGGGGAAGUCAGAGAAGAACGGCUGUUCCUGAGAGUCCCCUGGCCUUGCUGCUUGCUGUGCUCCCUUACCUCCCUCAGCUCCUGCGCGGACGAGACAGUAGUCCGGCUCUGCCCGGGCACUUGCCCCUUAAGGGAUCUGUGACACCGCGUCCAUGACCAAGCCCCAGGACUGACCCAAGGCCAGCCUGCUCUGGGAAAAGCAGAAACAUGCCACUCUUCUUCCGGAAGCGCAAGCCCAGCGAGGAGGCCCGGAAACGCCUGGAAUACCAGAUGUGUCUGGCAAAAGAAGCUGGGGCAGAUGACAUCCUUGACAUCUCGCAGUGUGAGCUCUCCGAGAUUCCUUUUGGCGCUUUUGCAACCUGCAAAGUUCUGCAGAAGAAGGUGCUGAUUGUCCACUCCAACUACCUCACCUCCUUGCUCCCCAAGUCCUGCAGUCUCCUGAGUCUCGCCACCAUCAAGGUGCUGGAUCUGCACGCGAAUCAGCUGACGGGCCUUCCCGAGGACAUGGGGCAGCUGACGGCCCUCCAGGUGUUGAAUGUAGAGAAGAACCAGUUGACGCAUCUCCCACGUUCCAUCGGGAACCUGGUCCAGCUGCAAACCCUCAAUGUUAAAGACAACAGACUAAAGGAGCUUCCCGACAGCCUGGGCGAGCUGCGCAGCCUGCGCACUCUUGACGUCAGCGAAAACAACCUCCGGAGGCUGCCACAGAUGCUGGCCCACGUCCGUACCCUGGAGACGCUGAGCCUCGACGCCUCCUCCAUGGUCUAUCCCCCGCAGGACGUGUGUGGUGCAGGAACCGCAGCCGUGCAGCAGUUCCUCUGCAGAGAAUCGGGACUGGAGUACUACCCCCCUUCCCAGUACCUGCUGCCAGUGCUGGAGCAGGAUAGAACUGAGACCUCCCAGGACAGCCCCGACGGGCCGGCCAACAGACUCUGCAGGGAGGAGAUCGAGUGGCAGAACAGAUUCUCGGACUACGAGAAGCGGAAGGAGCAGAAGAUGCUGGAAAAGCUGGAGUUCGAGCGGCGCCUGGAACUGGGGCAGCGGGAGCACGCCCAGCUCCUCCAGCAGAGCAACAGCCAAAAAGACGAGAUCCUGCAGACAGUCAGGGAGGAGCAGUCCCGGCUGGAGCAGGGCCUGAGCGAGCGCCAGCGCUACCUGGAUGCCGAGCGGCAGCGGUUACAGGAGCAGCUGAAGCAGACGGAGCAGAGCAUCUCCAACCGCAUCCAGAAACUUCUACAGGAGAACCAGAGGCAAAAGAAAAGCUCGGAGAUCCUGAAGUCGCUGGAGAACGAGAGAAUAAGGAUGGAGCAGUUGAUGUCCAUAACCCAGGAGGAGAGCGAGAACCUGCGGCGCCGUGAGAUUGCCUCCGCCAUGCAGCACAUGUUAGCUGAGAGCUGUAAGAACCGACUCAUGCAGAUGGCCUACGAGUCCCAGCGGCAGCACCUGGUGCAGCAGGCCUGUUCCAGCAUGGCCGAGAUGGACGAGCGGUUCCAGCAGAUCCUGUCGUGGCAGCAGAUGGAUCAGAACAAGGCCAUCACCCACAUCCUGCAGGAGAGCGCCAUGCAGAAGGCGGCCUUUGAGGCCCUGCAGGUGAAAAAAGACCUGAUGCACCGGCACAUCCGGAACCAGAUUAAGUUAAUAGAGACUGAGUUAUUGCAGCUGACACAGCUGGAGUUAAAGAGGAAAGUCCUGGACACAGAGACACUGCAGGAGAUGGUUUCGGAGCAGCGCUGGGCACUCAGCACCCUGCUGCAGCAGCUGCUCAAGGAGAAGGCGCAGCGUGAGCAGGAACUCCGGGAAAUGCUGACGGAGUUAGAAGCCAAAAGCGAGACCAAGCAGGAGAAUUACUGGCUCAUUCAGUACCAGCGCCUGCUGCACCAGAAGCCUUUGUCCUUGAAGCUGCAGGAGGAAGGCAUGGAGCGCCCUCUGGUGGCCAUCCUGGUGGAGCUGUCGGCCGAGCACUACCUGCCCCUCUUCGCGUACCAUCGCCUGUCACUGGACGCGCUGAGCAGGAUGAGCCCCGGGGACCUGGCCAAGGUGGGCGUCUCAGAAGCUGGCCUGCAGCAGGAGAUUCUCCGCAGAGUCCAGGAGCUGCUGGCCAUGGCCAGCACCCAGCCAGAGCUGAAACCAGCCAAGGACGAGGCCCUGGAAUCACCCAUGGCUCCCCAAGAGCCCCCCGAGUUGGUGAGGCCGUCGGCUCCCCCAGCAGAGCUGGAGGCACCGGCCUCGGAGUGUGUCGUGUGCCUGGAACGGGAGGCUCAGAUGAUCUUCCUGAAUUGUGGCCAUGUCUGCUGCUGCCAGCCGUGCUGCCAGCCGCUGCGCACCUGCCCACUGUGCCGCCAGGAGAUCACCCAGCGCCUCCGCAUCUACCACAGCAGCUGAGUGCCCGCACCCCCGCCACCCCUGCCUCCACUGCCUGGCACACCGAGGCCGGGCCAGGGCCGCUCCAUAGCCGCAGGACCAGGGGGACGCCUGGCUGUGCUGGUGCAAGACGGGCCUGGAGUGUGAAGGCCACCCCCAUGGGGGCUUGGGCAGGGACUGGCUGUGCCGCUGCCCAGCUGUGGGCAGGUGACCAUGUGCAGGGGGGCCAGACCAGCCUGAGAAAGGGUACAGGGCAGGUUGGUGUCCCCCCAGGCUUCCCCUCAGCUGCUUUUCAGCCCUCAGGUCAUCCCAUCCAUCCACCCCUGUACCGCCUCACCCCAGCAGGAAUGUCAAUAAACUCAACCUCAGCCCUGGG